AUGGUAAUCAAAUUUGGAAUGGUACCAAAUGGCGUUCACUACGACAAGGUAAUACCCGUGGAUGACAUCUUUCAAGGAGAGUUUACCAACUACAACAGUUUUGUGGAAUUUGUGCUGCAACGAAAUAACAUGGCAUUGGCUAGGACAUUUUAUUUCCCUGCCUCGUUUAGCAGUGUUCAGGCUAUCAAAGAUCCUCAGAUACAAAUCCUUAUUUCCAAUGUAUUUUGCAGCUCCCAAGUCAACGUCAAAAUGAACAGCUACAGUCUGACACUGAACGCCAAAUAUCCGGCAAUAUUUGUCUACAUAGAAUUAAUAUUGGAAAAUCACCCCGACAUCAAGCAUUAUAAAUUUUCGAAAAAUGGUUUUAUGAUGACUUCAUCGAGUUGUGUUCUUCAUCUCGAAUUCGAGGCAAAGGAAUGCGUUCGACUGAAUGCCAAAGAUUUUAAAAUAAUGACAGUUAAUCAGUUUAUGAAGCUUUAAAUUGGUUGCCACCAAGGAAAAAAUAGGUUAAUGAGUUAAGAACUUUGUAAAACUUGAAUA